ACGACACAGAAAAACAAGAAACAAACACACACAUAUAUGUAUGGAUAAACUAACCUUUAUUUUUCUUUCAAUUCUAUUAUGUGGCUCAGCUGUCGCGACCAGACCUCGGCCGCGGACGACGGGCCGUGCGACUUUAGCCGAUGAUGGUGGCGUUUGCAGCGCGAUUGUGGGAGUACAGAAUUACCCUUGCCAUGAACACAAUGUGACAACUGGAGAUGGAUAUAUUUUGAGCUUACAAAACAUUCCAUUCGGACAGUCAGGCAACGCUGCGACGGGGCCAAGGCCGCCAGUUCUGCUGCAUCAUGGAGUUCUCACGGAUGCGGUCACAUGGCUCUUGAGUCCUCCAGAGCAGUCGUUGGCCCUUCUGUUGGCUGAUAACGGGUUCGACGUGUGGCUAGUGAAUGCACGCGGAACGAAAUACAGCCUCGGACAUACAUCUCUUAGUUCCAACGAUCCAGCUUUCUGGGAUUGGUCGUGGGACGAGUUGGUCGCUUAUGAUCUCCCGGCAACUUUUCAAUACAUUUAUGAUCAAACAAGCCAGAAACUUCACUAUGUUGGGCAUUCCAUGGGAACUUUGAUUGCUUUUGCUGGCUUUUCAAAAGGGCAGUUAGUGGACAAGUUGAGAUCAGCAGCUAUGCUUUGUCCAAUUGCUUACAUAGGUCACAUGACAUCUCCUAUAGCAACUAAUGUUGCACAAACACUUCUUAACCAGACUUCUUAUUGGUUGAAAAUUGCUGAAUUCAAUCCUACAGACGAAGCAGUGCUCCAACUUCUGCUGCAAAUCUGUAAGCAGAAACACAUUAAUUGCCUGGACCUCAUGACAUCUUACACAGGGCAGAACUGCUGUCUGAAUUCUUCCAUUAUUUCUUCUUUUUUGAAGAAUGAGCCUCAGUCAACUUCAACAAAAAACAUGAUCCAUUUUGCCCAGAUGGCGCAAGAUGGAAUGAUUAAGAUGUAUGAUUACGGAGACGUUAAGGAGAACGUGAAACACUACGGGACGCCCGUUCCUCCAUCGUACAACAUGACAAACAUCCCAAACGACGUUCCUCUCUUUCUGGCCUAUGGAGGGAAAGACGCGCUCUCUGUGUCGGAGGAUGUGAAGCUCCUGUUGGAUAGCCUUCACGAGCAUGAACAAGACAAGCUGGUCGUUCAGUAUACGGAGAAUUACGCUCACGCUGAUUUUAUAAUGGGUUUUAAUGCUACGCAAGUUGUGUAUGAUCCUCUCAUGGCCUUCCUCAGGCUUCAUUGAUAAGAAAAUCUUUGCUACCGUUGCAUGUUGGGAGUGGUCGAUGGUCACAAUGCUUCCUAUCAAAUUUGCACACUAUGGAUGUGAAGAUAACUUUUACAUGGUUCCAUAAAAUUUUUAUAUGUGUCCCAAGUACAUUAUAUCUAUCUCUUCCAUACAGUACGCGGUUCAA